UGUACUGCCAAUCGAGGGAGACCGGAGACGUGGCUUACAUGAAGCAGCUGGUGCAUGAUGGGACGCAAUGCUCCUACAAAGAUGCUUACAGUAUCUGCGUGCGUGGGGAGUGUGUGAAAGUUGGCUGUGACAGAGUGAUCGGCUCUACCAAAGUUGAGGACAAAUGUGGAGUCUGUGGUGGAGACAACUCCCACUGCCGCACCGUUAAAGGAACCUUUACCCGAACACCAAAGAAACCUGGUUACCUUAAGAUGUUUCACAUUCCUCCCGGAGCAAGACAUGUGAUCAUCCAAGAACACGAGGCCUCCCCUCAAAUUCUUGCAAUCAAGAACCAGGCAACAGGGCAUUACAUCCUCAACGGAAAAGGAGAGGACGUCAAGUCCAGAAGCUUCAUCGACUUGGGCGUGGAGUGGCACUACAUCAUUGAGGAAGACGUGGAGACGCUGCAUACUGACGGACCAUUGCAUGACCCAGUGGUGGUUCUGAUUGUACCCAAGGACAAUGAAACACGGUCCACUUUAAUGUACAAGUACAUCAUCCAUGAAGAUUCAGUGCCUGUGAACAACAACAAUGUCAUCCAGGAGGAGACGUAUGAGUGGGCUCUCAAGAGCUGGUCUCCUUGUUCCAAGCCAUGUGCUGGAGGGUUCCAGUACACGAAGUACGGUUGUCGAAAGAAAGGAGACACAAAAAUGAUCCAUCGAGGCUACUGCGAUGCCAACAAGAAACCAAAACCCAUCCGCAGAAUGUGCAAUCUCCAGGACUGCACACAGCCUCAAUGGAUCUCAGAGGAAUGGGAGCAUUGUACCAAAACCUGCGGCAGCCUGGGCUUCCAGAUCCGGACUGUCCGCUGUGUGCAGUUCCUCCACGACUACACCAAUCGCUCCAUCCACAGCAAGUACUGCAGCGGAGAGAAGCCAGAGAGCCGGAGGCCCUGUAACAGAGUGUCAUGUCCCGCCCAGUGGAGGACCGGAGCCUGGUCUGAGUGCUCUGUGACCUGUGGAGAAGGGAUGGAGAGGCGACUGGUCACCUGCCGCAUUGGAGAUCAAUGUAAUGGAGACAAACCUGAAACUGUGAGAACUUGCAGACCAGGACCCUGCCACGAUGAGCCAUGCAAUGGAGACAAGUCCAUCUUCUGCCAGAUGGAGGUCCUAGCUCGAUACUGCUCUAUUCCAGGCUACAGCAAACUGUGCUGUGACUCCUGCAGCAGACGCAGUGGAGCGCUGUCUUUAUUCUCAGAGGCGGCUGAGCAGGAGGAGCACCUCCGCUUCGGUUCAGCCUCUCAGCUGCUGGAGACAUUAACAGCCUCAGUAGCAGCCAACUCAACUCACAGUGGCAAACAAAGCUCCAGCAAAGGAUCAUCAGGCAACGCUGCCAAACACGUCACCACCCCUGCCCAGCUUAAGAAAACCUCAUCAAGGAUCACAGUGGCACCGAGGCGGGUUCCACGACACACAGGUCUCUUUGGCAGGAAGCUGCCUGCUAUGGCACCAUCCCCCCUGGCAGUUCCUACUGUGAGUCAAAGGUCGAGCAAAUUGACAGAUAGUCGGCAGCCGACAGCCUAUUCUGAAGUGGAGAGAUGAAAGUGACGGUUUUCCCCUUCGGGACUCUUACUGUACAGUAGAUAGUCCAGCUUCUUCCUGAGUCUCCUCGUGCCAAAAACUAAUAACAAAAAAAAAAAAAACAAAGAGAGAAAGUAAAGUGCUGGUUCACUUUGUUUUAAGAAUUAUUAUUUUGACCCUGAUACUGACUUUAAAUAUGUUUUAGAUGUCUUACAGAAAGCUCCCAGAUUAUUUGGACGUAAACAGCCAUGUUGCUUUUCUGCCAUACUUUGUAUGGAGAGAAUAAAAUAUUCAGUUCUUGCAUGGUACAGGGAGCACAUGGUCCGUGUAAAAAAAAUAAAAUGCUAAAUUAAAAACAGUUACACUAGUUAAUACUGAAUAGGGAGACAGGUUAAUGAGGAAUUAACAAGGUGGUCUAAAUUGGAUUAUUGACCCCAAACUUAAAGCAAAUGAGACAAAGAAGGACCCACCCAGUGUUAAAGCUGUCUCUGAUGCCAUUUUCAGUGUCAGCGGAGGUGACAGCUGCAGCUUUUCGUUUGUUAUUUCCCUCUAAUUGGUCUUUCCUCUGGUUUUGUCAUUUGAUGAAUCUGGCCCCUGGUGUCUGCAGAGCAUUGCAGCGGGUCUUCUGUAAACACUAGUCAGACAGCGAGAGAGAAAAUGUCAACAGUGCAGUCAGUAGGGAUGAUUCAAUUUGUGAAAAAUCGAACAGACUGAAUCCCUGAAAACAGAUCGCCUGAUCCAGCUGAUAAAUAUUUUUUUACUUGAACAUUAAAAACUGCCAUUUUCUUGCCAAAAAAAGUCACAAUGAAGCUUGAGUCUUACAGAUUUCAACAUUUCAAGUUCUUCCUGAGCUUUGUAUUAUGCAAAAUAAAGCGUGGGAAUUUUACAGGCCUUAUAUGGAAAGUGGCUAAAGAAAAACCAUUAGUUUAAUGGUUUAAGUUGUAUAGAUUGCUUUAUGUCCAGCAAUGUGUCUUUAAGGUGCUCUGCCAUUUAUAUGGAAAUGGUAUUUAUAACGGUUCCUGUAAAUACUGUACAUGAACAUAUCAGUAAUAUUUAAAGCUUGGGAUACUUUCAAACAUCCUUUAAUUGAUCAAAUAAGAAAAAAAAAGAUUCCUAACCUCUAUGUUUUCAGUCACAUGCAUUCAAUGGACAAACAUGGUGAAAAUCCAGCUAUUACAAAGAUUAGGCCUUUUUCCUUUCAGAUCCAGAGAUAGAUAAGAAGAUUGAUACCACUUUCAAAAGUACAGUUAACAAAAUAAGAAACCUCAGACAGGAAAUGGUUUUGUUAAGCUUAGUUUAGCAUAAGAACUGGAGGCAGACUGUCUCAGAUCAAAAUACAAACACCUUUAAAGCUUGGCAUUAUAUAUGCCAUAACUCAUCUUUUUCUUAUUUCGAAUCAAAAGAUAAAUCAAAUAAAAAAUUCUACUUAACAGCUUGCUGUUCCCCCCCUUUUCUUCCCAUAAGAAUAGGCAAACUAUCUCCUGGCUGUGGUCCUUAUUUUACAUGCAGACAUGAAAAAAAGUUUCUUUCAAAGGCAGAGUGUGUAUGACUUGCUUAAUGUGACUGAUGUGUUGAUGUUGCCCCUGUCCUCAGCUCAGUCUCAACAUUAGCUAAUUUUUGUAUCCUAAGGUUCUGGCAUUGAGUUUUUCCCCGAGAAAACUCUGCUCAGAAAGGUUGACUUUGUUUCGUCAAAGAAGGGAACUAAAAAGGGAAUAUGUUUAACAAGGGUUUUUUUUUUUUUUUUUUAAUUGCAGACCAUACAGGCUCCUUGCAGGCUCCUGUUCAGCUUGAGCCAACAAAAAGUGUAUUAAAUUUUCACAUCCCACUAACCUGUGUUAGUUAAAUUUUCACGUUGAUGUAACCAUAAAAAGAUCCAUCACUCCCAUUGACUUUCAGUUCAGUGUGGGAUUAUUUGUUAUUGUGGCAAAAGCUCUAACAUUUCAAACAUUUAAAGCUGCAUUAAGUGUUUUUUGACCACUAGAGGGCAGAAAGACUUCCAAAGAACUCACAAUUCUACAGUCCUGUGGGAGUCGUUCAUUUAUUAAAGGGAUACUUCACCCAUUUGCAUUAAGCUUUGUAUCAUUAGAAACUUGGUAGUAUUUUUGAAUGGUCGUCCAUCACGCCAUCAUUUUCCCCUGAGACGGGAAGUCUGAAAAGGAGUGUCCGAUGACACAAAAAUCGUCAUUUUGUUGUAGUAAAUGUCUGUAAAUAGAGCACCCUUCAGUGGGAGUGGCCUGUGGUGCUGUGCA